AUGGCGAGGAUCCACCUCUACGUCGCCGCGGCCUGCGCCGUCGUCCUCGCGCUCGCCGCCCCAGCUCUCGCCGGCGACCCCGACAUGCUCCAGGACGUCUGCGUCGCUGACUACGCCUCCCCGGUCAAGCUGAAUGGAUUCCCGUGCAAGGCGAACAUCUCGGCGGACGACUUCUUCUUCGACGGGCUGAGGAAGCCCGGCAACACCAGCAACGCGGCGGGCUCCCUGGUCACGGCGGCCAACGUGGAGAAGUUCCCGGGGGUGAACACGCUGGGCGUCUCCAUCGCGCGCAUCGACUACGCCCCGGGCGGGCAGAACCCGCCGCACACGCACCCGCGCGCCACCGAGAUCAUCUUCGUCCUCGAGGGCACGCUCGAGGUCGGCUUCAUCACCACCGCCAACAAGCUCUUCACCAAGACGGUCACCAUGGGGGACGUCUUCGUCUUCCCGCGCGGCCUCGUCCACUUCCAGCAGAACAGGGGGUACGGCCCUGCCGCCGUCGUCGCCGCCUUCAACAGCCAGCUCCAGGGCACGCAGCAAAUCGCCGUGACGCUCUUCGGCGCCACGCCGCCCGUGUCCACCGACAUCCUCGCCAAGGCCUUCCGGAUCGGCGACGGGGAGGUGGAGCACAUCAAGGCAAACUUCGCGCCCAAAUAG